CCGAUGAGUUAGAGCAACUUUUCUUUGAAAUUUGGGGGGUCUGCAUGCGAAUGAAUGUACAAGAUCCGUUGUUGUUGUUGCUGCUGCUGCUGCUCUUUGUGUUGUGUGUGUAGUAGCCUCUGGUCAAAAAGAAAAGAAUAAAUGAUAAUAAAGAACGUCUGGCACGUUUACACGUCCUUGUCUCGCUCGAACGUUGAGCAGAAGCGUUCUCUUCGUCGGUCGUGAAAGUGUUUCGGGUCUCAACAUCAUCAUCAUCCUCGGCGCGGAGUCGUCUUCGUCUUCUUCUUCGUCAAAAUCCCCCACCUGGCUCGACGAUGGCGCUGGCUCUUUCGGUAUAAAAUGCGGAAUUCAUCCCGGAUUAGGCACAGUCACCACUCCGACGUCAACAUAAGCAUCAUGAACACUUACACCGUGUUUGCGGCCUUCGUCUUGGCCGUUGCCGUAGUAGCCGAGCCACCUUCCGGUUACAGUUACAACAGACCGAGCGGCGGCGGUGGACUGUCAGGCGGUGGCGGCUACACGGCCGUGUCCUCCGGUUACCAAACUUCCGAAGGAGCCUCCGUGGAUCACGUCCUCCUCGAACAGGUCCGCCAGAUCCUGCUGAAGGAAGAGCAGAACGCUCAGAGCAGCCACGGCGGUGGUGGAAUCUCCUCCACGUACGGAGCCCCAUCAUCCCAAUACGGAGUCCCAUCGUCGCAAUACGGUGUACCCGGUUACCACACUCGCGUCGUCGGCAUCGAUCUUGAAGGAAUCAAGCAGGCCAUCCAGGUGGCUCAGUACAACCAAAUCCAAUCCAUCGGCGGAUACCCGAGCGGCUCCUACGGAGUACCGAGCCGUCCGUCCGGCUCCUACGGAGCUCCCUACUAAGUCCGAGGAAUUGCAAGAGGAAACCACAAAGAAGAAUUGAGGCAAAACAACAAUAACAUCUAAAAAAACCUUGUUUUCGCCUCGAGAAAACAUCUAAAUUGAAAACCAUGAAAAUCACCAAUCUCUUACACGGGUCAUGAUGCUAACACUCUCGCGUGUACAUUACCAUCUUUUUAUUAAUUUUAUUUUUGUAUAAAGCUU